AUGCCACCCUCAACGAGGGACAAGAAAGAUAAAAAUGACAAUGAGUGCGCAGAGCCUUGUGAGAUUCAUCCAGAAGAAUUAAUAAAAUACUUCUGCCAAACACACCAGAUUUUGAAUUGCGGACACUGUGUAGUUCAGAGCCAUCGAUCAUGCCAUGUUGAUAUUAUCUCAGAUAUAUCCAAUACCUUCAAGGAUGAUCCAAAGUAUAAAGACAUCGAUAAAGCAAUCGCUAAGUUAUUUAAAGACAUUAGUGACUGUGCGUCUGACGUAAAGAAGAAUAUGAAGUUAAUAGAAGAGAUGAGUGAAGGAGAGGUUUCUAAACUAAGAAAAUGUCGAGAUGAGGUCAACCACUAUUUCGACGAAAGGGAAAAAUCACUUCUAAAGAUCAUAGAACAGAUGAAAAAUAGAGAUGAAGCAAUGCUGGACAACCUGGUGUCAAAAUGUGACGACCUCAAGGCUAAGGUAGUAGAAAUCAAGAAUAACCUUGAAGCACAAGAGAACAAACCAAUCAAGCUAUUUAUAGAGGCAAAACAGGCCGAAAAGAAUCUGGAAGUAACAGAGGCUACUCUUUCUGGCAUCAACAAGCAGAAUAGCAUUCAUCAAUACAGAUUUCGAAAGGACUUGGCAACAGAGAGCCUUAUGGCUUCCAAAACCGGCCUUGGUAUUGUGAAAGAAGAAGUCGUUGAUGCCCUAAAAGCACAAGGCGAUUGCUUUGAAAAAUCUUUAGAAGAGAAGAGCGCCGGCUACACAAUGGCAACAGGACAAAACACAAUUAUACACGCUGAGAUGGACGAAUUACCCCUUGAUGUCACAAAUGGGUCAAGGAGAAGAUACCUUUCCGAAAAUUCUGAUGAUAGCGGCAAUGAUCGUUUACCUUCAUAUUACACCUCAGACGUCCAUGUCAGCGAUAUAGAGACUAGUCGCCGUCAAGGCAGAUCGCGAAACUUAUAUUCAAGUUAUGACAGUACUGUUGACCCACGGGAAAUGAAGCACGGACAUUGGACUAAGGAGUUAAGGAAUCGCUUUAAUAAUCUAGAGACAUCACUGAAUUGCGAAGACAUCGGAGGUGGGCAUGCGCAAAAAGCGGAAAUUUACUUCCGGGGACUACACAAACCAGGAAGUAAACAGCAACAAGUGAAAAUGGAAAGUAAAGAUUCAAAACUAAUAAAGAAAACGGGCAGGAAAACCCCUAAGUACUGUUGUAUUUGUAAAGGAAUUUACAGAGGAAAGGUUAUUGAUGGGAGAAAAGUGUCAUUGCACCGUUUUCCUCAGAACAAACGUUUAAAACGUGUGUGGGUGCAGCGAUGUAAAACGGUCAUGAGAUCGUUCCAGUGGAAUGAACACAGACGAUUGUGUAGUGAGCAUUUUGUUGGCUUCAGAGGACCUUCAUUCCAGCAUACACUUCCAUCUAUGUUUCCAACUGAGACUGGUGCUACCAAAACCUUCCAGCCAACGCUCCUUGAUGAAGACGUAGGUGAUGAUGAUGAUGGUGAUACGGUCAAUGACGAUUUAGACCUAGAACUGUCAAAUGAUGAUAGUAUACAGCCACAACUGUCAUUUGUAUCCCCUUCCGGGCAUGCCAUUGAUACCUCUGUCCACCUGCAUGAUUACUGCAUGGGACCAGUACUACAGCCACAGAAUCAGUCCUUUAGAUGUUGUGACACACAGACUGAGAACAACUGUGCAGUGAUGGAAGUACAAACUGAAGAAAGUUUCCUGGGAAAAACAGCAGACUUCAGUUCACAAACAGAACAUUCUACUAGAGACUUUGGUGUACAAUGUCAGCUACCUAUGCUCACAUAUGAUGACGUAAAAUACAAUGACGAUUUGGUCAGUUUUUACACCGGAAUCCCUAAUCGAGUUGUGUUUGAAGCUUUGUUUGAUGAAAUCAAGGAUGAAGCUGAAGUGCGGACAUCAAGGCGGAAACUUAACUAUAAAGAUUCAGAUGGAGGACGGCCAAGAACUCUAAGUGUUCUGGAUGAAUUUUUCAUGGUGCUGAUGCGCCUACGUCUAGUGACAAGAAACUCACAGAAAAAUGUGGACUCUUGGACUUGCUUGAAGAAGGAGACGCCAUAA